CACAUUUGAAUGGAAGAUUCUGAGAGUGCAUUCCGGCCACGGAUACUGUGCCGCCGGCGUUUAAUCGAUCUCCCCAAUCUUAAAUACUUCGACCAUACACAAGAGUCAAUUCUCAGAAGAGUCAGUCGUCAUUUUUCGAAGCACCAACACGAGACAGAAACACUUAGUCAGCUUCUUGUCGAACUCGCCUUGAGUCGUGUGACGGCCUCCACUGUGUGCGAGAGGCCCACACAAUCCGCCUUGAUGAUGACGUCGCUGACACGAUGAGUCAGCUGGGUCGACUGCCCGCAGAGGAAAAACAAGGGGAGAAAGACGAAAGCAUGGAGGUCCUACACACACAAUAAUGAGUGGACCUACCGUCUUGCUGAUCUCAAUGAUCUUGGCAGGAGGUUGUGAGGCCAUGGCCAGUCGAGGCAGGUCGCUCGCAGGCGACACAUUCGCCGAUGUACCUAUCACCAGCAUCAAAUCGCCUGCAUGCAAGCAUUCACACAGCAAACAGGCGAAUACAGCACCUGUGAAACGCUCAUCGGUUGAGCUGAUCUGCCGGCUUACAUCUCUGCGCUUCUCUGCGCGACUCCCAGAGAGCGUAAGAUGGGAUUGCCUCGCCAAACAGCACUGCGUCCGGUUUGAGGAUGCCGUCGCAUUUGGUGCACCUUGGGGGCAGGGCGGUGGGCGCAGUUGCAGGGUUAGUCAUGACGUCCUUGUUUAGAGGUGUCUUGUCCCGGCAGGACAUGCAGACGGAAUUCAUCAGAUUGCCAUGGAACUCCAGCACCUUGGAACUGCCUGAAACGUCACACAGCCAGACAAAGAGACAGACACACGUCACUCCUCUUUGUGUUGACUCACCCUACCCGCCUCUUGGUGCAGGCCGUCGAUGUUCUGUGUGAUGAUGGCGUGCAUACACCCAAGCUGCUCCAGCAUCGCCAGAGCCCUGUGAGCCGGAUUGGGCUUGGGGUCCACUUCUCUGCAGAAGUCGAGCAGCAGCCGCCACAGCUGGUCUGGGUGUUUGCGAAAACCCCAUAUCGUGGCGCAAAUGGACGGGUCGUACCUGCAGGCAGACAGACAGACACGAUGGAUGGAUGAAGCAGACACACACACACGGCAGAACAGACCAGACUGAGUGAUGCAGACACACACACACAAUGCUACCAUUCGUUGUCCCUCCUACUGACCUGCGCCAGAUGCCAUCGCGCGGGUCUCUGAAAGUCGGUAUGCCUGAUGGAGCCGACACGCCUGCACCGGUAAGAGCAACCACGUGCUUGGCCUUCACAAGCUCCUCAGCCAAAUCAUGGAACGAACUCACCUGCACACGCGUAAAGCAUGAGUCAACGCGAUUUGAGGUGAUGGGGAUGCUCACCUUCGUCUCCUUGCGGGAGAAAUGCGACAAAAGCUGCCCCAUUUCGUCCGGA